AUGGCAUUCAGAAGGGCUUACGGAGACUCCAGUCCUCCUUCAACCCCGGCAAAACCACCGGAUUUUGGGUCAAGCGCAUUUUCUUUGACUCCUGCUGGACAUCCUCCCUCGUCCGCUGGAUCUUUUACUCCUGCUGGGAACCCUCCGUCUUCGUACUAUUUUGGUAGCUCUGUGGAUUCUCAAGCUUCAGAAGACCUGCUAUCCUUUUCCACCAAUUCAACCAACUUCUCCGCAUCGCAAUCACGAAAUGCGCCCUUCCCAAGCUUCAGGUCCCGCCAAACAAGGGAGCCUUCAACAAAUCUCCUGCGUGGUGUUGGAGGGGGAAGAAGCAUACCUAGAUCGAAACUAUCGCAGAGUUUUACUUUCAGCAACGACGGCGAGGAGGAAGAUAACCUGGAGGAGAUGGAUACCGAAAGUCCCAGAAGAAUGGACCUGGAAGAAGAUGACGCACCUCUACCUUCGACAUUUCCAAGGAUUGGUGGUGGUCCGGCGGCCCAUAUGCGCAAGUCAAUGAUUUACUCGAACCCGAAAAGCGCGAAGCGAGCUAAAUUGGACGAGAAUUGGGCCCAAUCUUUUCCUCCCAGCCCUCCCCAAAUACGGUGGAAAAAACAGCCUUCUUCAUUUCCUCGAAUUGCGGUCGAUAUCGCAUCUAGGGAAAAUUUGGCCGCCCUCGAUGAGCCGAGCGGAUUGUUGCUUAGUAUGGAGGAUACCAUCAGUGAGAUGUACGACCAGGUCAGAGAUCGUGAAGCAGAUGACGACACCGUAGAUAUCGCCUUAUCUAGUGCUUGUGAAGAUUUGCCAAACUUGUGGAAACAAUAUUCAGAAGAACCGGGCUCAGUCAACUACGAGAAUGGAUGCAUUGGCCCUGGGGAGCAAUCCUCGGGAAUUAUGAAAGCUGGCUUCUUGAGUUCAUUGCUACUUCGACUCCAUCAUCCCCCAAUUCUUCGACGCCAUCCUGCCGACCGUCGCUCGCAAUCCUCUCGCUCACCUUUCCACACUCUAGCUGUAUCACAACCUUCUGAGUCCAAGUCUUCGAUCCCAAAAGUGUUAUUUGAUUGGCUAAACCAACACCAUUCACCUCAAUCAGCUCAAUUUAAUGCUCUAAAGAGACAGCAACCAAACCCGACCGCGUCGCACACAUUUUGGAGCAUCGUCCUUGCCGCCCUUCUUCGUGCGGAUUUCUCGUUUGUUAUACAAUUGUUGGAAGCAGCCGAUUUCAGCUAUGCUCGAACAGCGAUGGAGGAGGGCAGCAAAGAGCCAGGAUACCGCGGCAGACAGCUCCAGAUAAUCCAGCAGUGCGUAAACAAAGCGCUUCAGCUGCUCCGAACUUCUCCCGGAGUUAAAAAUGACGACUGGGAUAUUAAAGGGAUGGACUGGGCAAUGUACAGAAAGCAAGUAAUGUCCGCCGUUUCCGAGCUCGAAGAUUUGGCAGAAGGCCCAGAUCGGGACUCUGCCGGGGGAAACUGGGACUUUCAGGCAUCGCAUUUUGGCCUUUCCAGCAUCCGAUCCGGUGUCUCGUCCUUUAGCCAAAGUGCUCGCAUGGCUGAAAGCAAGAUUCCGUGGAUGAUCUAUCAAUAUAUCAAGGACUUAUACGGUAUCAUACUGGGCGCCGUUCCGACGAUCUUGAAGUACUCUGAGGACUGGGUUGAAGCCACUGUUGGCCUUGCUGCAUGGUGGAACGGCGAUGACGACAGUGAGAUUACUUUAGACAAUAGACAUUCGAAUCAACUAGCGGUCAAGAGAUCGCAAGGCCCCAGAUCUGUGGACAUCAAUACCGAAGAAGCGUACUUGCGGCGUCUCGACUACGCCUUUACGUGCGUCACUGAUACCCUCGGCAAGGAUGGGUUACAAAUUAACUCAAUGAAUCCUUCUGAAGUCGGUCUCGCCUGCGUUUUUGAAGGGAACGUCGAAGGCGUACUUCGGCUGAUGCAGACGUGGUCUCUUUCAAUCGCUGCCGCGACUGCAGAGGUUGCGAGCUUCGGAGGCUGGCUGGAUUCGUCUGUGGGUUCCGAACCCAUGCCUGGGCUGAAUGAGAAUGAUCUUAUGGUUCUAAACUACGGGCAGCCGGAUCAGAGGCUUCGGAAAGAUGAUGUUUUGGUCAAUUUUUCGUCCGGAUUGUUUGAUCGAGGACGGUUGGACGGGCCGUCAAGUGUCAGGGAGGGGUGGGAAUUGUCGCUGGAAGUGUUGAGUCGUCUCGAUGAUCAAGGAUUGAUGAAAACCAAAGUGAAUGAGUUCCUGGAUCGGGUGACUAUCGAUUCUUCGGAAAAGAUGGACAGGCUUGUUCUGCUGUGCACAGAGCUAGGGUAUAACGAGGAAGGCCGCAAGAUUUCCGAGCGAUACGGGGAUAAAAUUGCCCAAAACUCCGAAGAAUACGGCGCCGCUUUAUUUUGUUAUGCACGGGCGCAUUGCAUUCAGAAGAUAAAGAAUGUUGUAGACCUCCUUAUAUCCCUCUGCCUUGUCCAGUCAACCGCGUAUCCUCCUAAAUCGGAACUUGACACACAACUUCGAUCACUUCUCUACGAACCUACUGCAGCGCUGUCAGCGAUUGCCUCUGUGGACAAUGAAGGCGCAGCCAUGCUUCAAUUCCACUUUAGUGGAUACGCGACGCUACGGAACUACUAUGAUAUUCGUGAUGAAGAGGUGAACCUAGAGCCGGGACAGAAGCCCAAGCAUCGUCCGCUAGCCCGGAAGAGAGCAGCUGCGCAAGCCCUCACGGCAGUAAUCAGCAGCGCUGCCGAUAGCAUUUACGGUGGCUUGUAUGACCAGGACCGGAAAACUGCGGUGCAACCAGACGGACUAUUAGUGUUGCUUGGGGAGUCGCUUGCACUCAUCGAGCAUCCAAACCAAUAUUUUAUAGUUGAUCAACUGCAAACCAUCCUUGCCGCGAUCGAAGACCUACAAACCGUCACAUCUCGCGUCUAUGACCAAUGCGAAGAAUGCCUGCAGUCCGCCGUCCUCCAUCAUCGCAAUUACCGCGGAACCGGCACGGCACAAACGUCCUCACCCGACGACUCGCGAUCGCACUCUCCGACAAACCUGCUCCGCAAAUCCGUCUCGUCGAUGUCCGGCUCGUUUAGCGGAUUUUCACUGAUCGGAAGCGAAAUACUCGAGCCGCAGAACCGGUCACGGGGGACGAUUGAUUCGGGGGUGCUGGUUCCCAGGCUGGCGGGUGGAGAUGCAAAUGUGAAGCGGGGGUGGGAUUGGAGGGAGAUGGUACGAAGCGAUGUCAAGGGGGAGGAGAUUCUGAAGGCGUUGAGGUUGAGACUUGCGCGAGGGUUGUGUUUUGGGGAGUUGAGGGAUUGGAUUUGA